AUGAUCCGUUUCAUCCUGUUGCAGAAUCGGCAGGGGAAGACGCGGCUGGCCAAGUACUACGUCCCGCUCGAGGACUCAGAGAAGCACAAGGUUGAGUAUGAGGUGCAUCGGCUGGUCGUCAACAGGGACCCCAAGUUCACUAACUUCGUUGAGUUCCGUACGCACAAAGUUAUCUACAGGAGAUAUGCAGGACUAUUUUUCUCAAUAUGUGUAGAUAUCACGGAUAAUGAUUUGGUAUACUUGGAAUGUAUCCACUUAUUUGUGGAGAUAUUGGACCAUUUCUUCAGCAACGUGUGUGAACUUGAUUUAGUAUUUAACUUCCACAAGGUUUACUUGAUAUUGGAUGAGUUUAUUCUCGCUGGAGAGCUGCAAGAAACAAGCAAAAAGGCGAUUAUAGAGAGAAUGGGUGUUCCAGCGUGCAUGGGGAGAUAA